GGGGAAGAGGAAAGUCCAACGAAGACGGCGUUUGGAACCUUUAAAAUAUAAUGCACACCAUCAAUCUUCAUUUCUUCAUUGUCUCUUGGCCUUUGGCUUCUGUAAGGGGGAGAUCUCUCUCCAGAUCUCUUGUUCGCUGUGCGGGUUUCUCUGCUAAGCUCACCACCAUGACUCGAGGAAGCCAGAGAGAGCGAGACCGUGAAAGGGCUCAAGCUCGUGCCGGAGGCAAGGGAAAGACCAAAGAUGAUGGUUUAACUCCAGAGCAACGCCGUGAAAGGGAUGCAAAAGCAUUGCAAGAGAAGGCUGCGAAGAAAGCUGCUCAAGCUGCGGGAGCAGCUACUUCCGGAGGAGGAGGCAAAGGAAACAAUAAUAAGAAAUGAUUUGUGUUUUUGUAACUUUCUUUCUUUUGAAAUCGGGUAUUGUUUGUGUGUUGAGCUGUGCUUUUUAAUGACUUGAUUGUUUGUGGUGUGAGGUGUUGACAUGAAGCAGAAUUAAGUAGCCAGACUUGAGAA